ACGUGACUAUCCCUAUCCAAUGGAGUGCGGGAAACGCUUGAGUGACGUAGGCAGGGCGAAAUUUGAACAUUUUCCGAACUGCCGUUGUGAGGACAGGAAAUAGAGCGGACGGACAGACACAAACACUGCAUUCACUUUGAGACAUUUAGACAUUAUUUUAAUAUAUAAAAUGAGGUUUAAGCGGAGUAAAGUGGGAACAUCAGAUAUUAGCGGAGUUUGGUGUCUUUGAUCGGUUGAUUUGAUCGAAAUGCCUCAGGCGGAACUGUAGAAAGGUGAAUACACGUCAAUCGUAACGUAACUUAACGUAUAUUUACAUCGUGUUUAAGCAUAAAUCGCGUAUUUCUGCAUAUUACGAGGCAUUUUAAAAAGAUAUUACACGUCAUAAUGAAGGUUUUGGAGAGAAAUGUGGUUCGUUUGGCCGUCGUUCAGCAUCUUCGGUCGGUUUAUGGAAUAAAAAUCAAGAACUGGAAUAAAAACCGAAGCAAACAUACAUCAGCGAACACGGUCAGGGUGUUUGGGGUUGCGCUGGAAGGUCUGCCACACUGCCAUGUGCUAGACUAUGGAGAUUUACCCUGCUUUAUAGUGGAUAUUUGUACAACACUCCUGGAUCAUCUGGACACAGAGGGUCUGUUCAGAAAGUCUGGCUCUGUGGUGCGGGUCAAAAGCCUCCGGGCUAAAUUGGACCAGGGUGAGGACUGUCUGUCCGCUGCUCUCCCGCUGGACAUUGCUGGACUCCUGAAGCAGUUUUUCAGGGAGCUUCCAGAGCCGGUUUUGACUGUAGAUCUGCACAGUGCUUUCCUGAAGGCCCAGGAGCUUCCCACAGCAGAGGAGAGGACCUCAGCUACAGUCCUGCUGUCCUGCGUUCUGCCCGACAGAAACUUAAACACACUGCGCUACUUCUUCAGCUUCCUGAAGACUGUCUCUCAGCGAUGUGCUGAGAAUAAGAUGGACAGCAGUAAUCUCUCGGUUAUUUUGGCACCGAAUCUCUUUCACUGUGGUGACGGAGGAGAAAAGAUGAGCAGCAGCACAGAGAAGAGACUCAAGCAUCAGGCAGCUGCUGUACAGUGUCUGAUAGAGAACGCUCAGCAUAUAGGUGUGGUUCCUCAGUUCCUGAUGGAGAAGGUUCCAGCUAUGUUGGGUUGUGAUGCUGGUGUGUUUUCUCCAUCCGUCGUGUCUCUAGAGGACAACAAUGCUCACUUCGACCUGAAGAAAAACAACAGACGCAGUUUAGGAGACGUGGUAAAUGGAGCUCUGAAUAGGUUAAAAGCUAGUAGAACCCCAACAAAUACCCCUCAGUCUGAUGGAGCAGUUUUCUCCAUGGCCACUCCGGUCAUCAUGACCCCCAACUCCAAGCGUAAACUUCCUCUGGAGUCUGCUCAGACUCACGGCUUCUCCAACAAGAAACGCAGGUCCAUCAAGAAGAACCUCGGCCUGGAGCUGUUCCCCAGCGUGUUGUUUGGAGGAACAUCUACUCCUGGAUCAACUCACAGUGCAGCAGGGGUUCUGGACUCGUCUCACAGUGGUUUGCUGUCUUCGGUGGGCAGAAACUCUCGUCUGUCCAGCAGUUCUGCCAGGAGAAAGAGCAGACGGCUGAGAGACCGCAGUGUCAGCAGAGUUGAAUCAGGGAAGGCGGGCUGUUUCUCUCCCAGAACUGCUAAGAAAGAGCCUGUGAGAAAAUCUCUCCGUCUGCGCUUCAGUUUGGGCAAAUCCAGCCGUGAUUCUAACGUCAUUACACAAUCACAACCGGUGCCAAAGGGGUCAGAGGUCAUAGGUUGGCGCCUAGCAACACAAGAGAGCUCUACCGGUUUUCACUUCACCAAGGAGCUUAGUCUGCCUGUUUUGAGCAAGAGUCCCUCGAAAGGCUCAAAGUUCAUCAGUAAAUCAGAGGAUAACCUGUUGACGCCGCAGUGUGAUUUUACAGACCACAGGAGCUCGUGGACUGGAGAAACUCCUGACACAGGACUGACCUUCCCGACCGAUUCAUUCUCUGAGACUCCAGUGAUCAUCGCAAGCAAACCUCCGACGAUCAGCAGCGUUCCUGAAACCACCCCGGACGAGUGCUCUCACACCGGACACACACUUCUGAAGAUCAGACAGGCUUUUGGAGAGUCCGGCAGUGACCUUCACAGCAUCAUUAAACAGAAAGAUCCACAAGAUGAUUCCUCUAAUGUGCAUUUGCCUUCGGAAACUGCGCAUAAAUCAAUAUCUGAGUCCAGCCAAUCAAAUGAUGAUGUGACGUUCGGACAAAUUGAAAUCGUUCCCCUGUCGCCUCUACACAUCGACAGCGCUCUGUUUGACAGUGAACCCACACGCUUUGUGGAAGCAAGUCUUAAUGGAUCUCUAUGCUUUGAAAAUGAAUACCUAAAAGAGUCCGCGGUACGUUCUGUAAACUGUAGUCAACUAAUCGACGCUUUAGACAUCCAGAGUCCUGUGGCUUUCAGACUGGACACUUCUACAAGAGUUCAGUCAACUCCAUAUGCAACCAGAUCUCAGGUGAAUGCUAAUACAUCCCUGCAGAAUGAGCUCAGAGAGUCUUCAUUGGUGGAAGAGAAGAUUAAUGUUUCUCAAGAACAGCAAAAUAAUGUUGAAGCCAAGAAAAGCAAAGUGGCAGAUCAGAUUAAACUGUUUAACAUGAUGACGCUCAAUUCACCCAAAGUUAAAAUGCUCCGAUCUCCGCUAAGGUUUCAACGUACGCCAGUAAGGCAGUCCGUGACCAAAAUAAACUCUCUGGUUGGAAAUCGAAAGGAAAGUAGGAUGGGAUGGUGCGCCGCUAGUCACAUAAAGGCUGUGAGUUUAGAAAGCGGUUUGUAUUCCAGUGUAAAACCCAAACCUCCAGUUCCACCAAAGAAAACCGCAGUCAAAGCUUCAGCGCUGGAAGACGUCACUAAUAAAGCACCAAAGACGAUGCUUUCAAACUGUAAGAAUGCCACAAAUGAACAUCCCAAAUGUGUCCUGCUGAAAGUGUCUGAAAACGACACCAGCCACUACAGAGGUUCACCCAGAAACCCUUUAGUGGAGGGAAGACUGCUGUCGGCCAUGAAGCCCAUCGAUCUGUGAGAAUGAACAAUACCGCUUUCACCCAUUCAGGAGUCUUAUUUAUUUUGCUAGAGUGAGCUCUGAUUGGUUUACAAGUGAGGUGGGGAUGUCUUUGAAGGGUAAGGAAAGUGCUUGAUCCUUUUGUUAUUGAUUGUGGAUUUCAGGAUCUCUGUGAACUGAAAUUUUAGGUUUCGCUUUGAAAUCCAUAAUCUUGAGUUAUACAUCAGUUGUACGAGAAAUGAGGAUUUCAGUUUUGAUGUGUCUAUAUAUACUGUAAAAAAAUCUGUUCAUUAACUGGUUCUGUAUUUCGUGAUUUAUGGGGGAUUUCUGGUUAUUUGUGGUAAUGAAUUGCAUUAUGGGAUGUUGGUCAUUGCUAUGUUGACUUCUGAUGUAGAAAAUGUAACUCUGCAAUUGAACAAAGUGACAUUCGUUGAGAUUUUAGCAGUUUGAAACUAUAUAUUUAGUAAGAAUAUAUUGUUUACAACAACACCACACCAAAUUAUAUUUCACUUCAAACUAUUAAGUGUCAAUAAAGUCUCUUUCAGACUUUUCUACAUCAAAAGUUGAAUAAGAUCAAAGUCUAAUAAUGCAAUUCAAAAAUCAUAAACAAAUGAGAAAAACAUGAAUCACAAGCUAGAGAACUGCUAACUUAUGGUUAUUUUUAGGGUAAAUGAAAAGACGAGUCUGUGAAAGUGUGAAGAGUGAUAGUAAUGUAAGAUGUGUUUAGAAUGAAAAUGAAUGUUAGUAGAAUGGAAAAAAAAGUUGUGUUUUGUUAGGUUUCAGCUUAUUUAUAUUUUAUGCAAAAACUUGACUUUAUUUUUAACACCUUAAAGGCAACAUUACCGGUGUAGCUCAUGAUAACCUAUGUUCUGUUUCGCAGUAUUAUGUCAUAUCCUCAGUGCUGUCACUCGUUUAUAAAAAUGUAAUGCUUUUAUAAAAGAUGUUGUCAAAGGAA